UGUGCUGCGGCGUCCAAUUGCAGCCCGCCUCGGCUACCGGACCGCACAUGUUUACAGGCAGCGUUCCGCCGGUAGAGGCCCUGCUCGGUCGGAACAAACGGCGGACUGGAUCCGACAGCAACACGGACCUGGAGUCGACUAAGAGACGUAUUUUUUUGCGCCAUUUUUGACACUUAAAGUCGCGCAGAGAACCGUACGGUCGAGCGGAGUGGAAUAAUCCUACGUGUUCGCCCUCAUUCGCUUCUUGUCCGAGCUGUUUUGGUCCUUACAGGACGCCGUCUUGUUUAACGUGUUCGGGCGUCGUUUCGGUUACGGAAUUUGCCGAGUGCUCCGUGUUUUCCCGCCGCCCCGCUCGGCUCUCUGAGAGCAGUKGGGGAAAACAAACAGGUCGAGCGGACGCAGAUUGGUAGCCGGUUGGAUGUGGAGGUUGUUGUAGCGGCGAAUGAAUCGUUUUCAUGUCGUCGUGGUGCUAAUUCAAAGUUCUUCGGUUUCGUGUGCUUCUGAGUUCGGUGCAUCCGGGACGCCGUUCGGAGUUUUCGUCCACCCCCUUCUCUUMCCCGAGUAUGUUGCCGCUUUCUAACAUUUUGUUACGGUUGUCGGAGCGCCCAGUUAGCCCGCUGCGGUUUUGUGUUUUUCUCGACGUUGUUUACCCGGUUGUAAUUCGACGUUUUGUGAGUUAAAUCCACCGGCUCGACUGCUCCGAAGACACACUCUAAAUAUCUAUUUUUUUGAGGACAAUGCACACCAGGCGCCUGGUCAAACGGUCGAUCCUCGGCAGCCGCGUUUAUGCGCCGAGUCCGACGGGGGACGGUGCUCCGGUGACGGGGGUGGUCCAGGCUGUCAAGCAGGAAAACAGGGACGUCUCGGCCGCCGGAGCCCGGCGAAGCGUUUACACCGUGCUCAUGCAAGACGGCAGCCUGAAGGAGUUCACCGAGGAGGAGAUAGCCGCGGGCUCCAGCCACACAGCAGCCAAAGGACCGCUCAAGUCCAGCCUGAAGCAGAGCUCCAGUAACGGGGUUUCAGAUGGCCAGAAGGUGGAGGGGGGCUGCYUGAGCCCAGAGGCUGCAGUGGAGCCGAGGCCGGUGGAAGGCAAGCGUGUCAGCCGGGACCUCGAUACCCGAUCGGUGUCCUUACUGGAGCAGAAACGCAAAGUAGUCUCGUCCAGCAUCGACGUCCCACAUGCCAGACGGUCUGAGGAGGAGGUGGAUAUGGACAAGGUGACGGCUGCCAUGGUGCUGACGAGUCUCUCCACGAGYCCGCUGGUCAGGAGUCCACCUGUCAAAGUCAGUGAAGCUCUGAGUGGUUCUUGGAAGGACAACGGYUCAGCAGGACCCUUCACCCCAUCGAGCAACAGCUCCUCAGGAGGCUACUGGAGCUGGUCCGCGCCCAGCGACCAGUCCAAUCCCUCCACGCCUUCCCCUCCACUUUCCGCCGACAACUUCAAGCCAUUCCGCGUACCGAGCCAGGGCGGCGCAGGGCCCGGCCCGACGGGGGUCGAGGAUCCCAGUCUGGAUGAGCAGGAYGGCAGCAGCCUGCUUUUUGAUGAGCCCAUUCCUCGCAAACGCAAGAACUMYAUGAAGGUGAUGUUCAAGUGUCUGUGGAAGAACUGUGGCAAAGUCCUGAGUACCACUGCAGGCAUUCAGAGACACAUCCGCACCAUCCACCUGGGGCGUAACUGUGACUCUGACUGCAGCGACGGCGAGGAGGAUUUCUACUACACAGAAAUCAAGCUGAACACCGACUCUGUGGCCGACGGGCUCAGCAGCCUGUCGCCCGUCUCGCCCUCUGUCCUCCCCCCACCACCGCCUCCCCCGUCCCCCCUCCCUGCUCCCAGCCAGCUGGCCGACUCCCAGCGACCCCCACAGCCGUGCGACCCCAAGGAGCCUCACGCCGGCGGGACCACCCCGCUCAGCCGCUCCGCGCCGAGCGCUCUCUACCUCAUCCACGCUGACCACGCCUACCAGGCCACGGCCCCGGUGUCCAUCCCGUCCAGCAGCAGCAACUCCGCCUCCAACAGCUUCACCCCMACCAACAGCUCCAGCUUCAGCAUCUCCUGGCAGUCGCCUCCRGUCACUUUCACCGGAAACUCGGUGUCUCCCACUAAAAGCCAAGGAUUUGGCGAGCAGCGGUCCCACACCAUCGCCGUGCUGUCGUCCCCUCCGAGAGCGACCGCCGCCCUCAGUCGUAAGGUCCGCGGCGAGGGGAAGAAGUGYCGUAAAGUGUACGGGAUGGAGAACCGCGACAUGUGGUGCACCGCCUGCCGCUGGAAAAAGGCCUGCCAGAGAUUCACCGACUGAUUGUACGCCGCYGAUGCAACGCCACGUCACCUCUAACGGCCAGCCGAAGGGAGAGGAGGCCGUCAUCCUGCAUGCUCUCGGGUUUUAUUUUUUUUUCUUCAAAACAGUGCAAACUGUCCGUCAAGCUCUGGGUCCGCCCCUCGCUUCUCUUCCUGCAGUGGGAACAAGUGAAAGAUGGCAGAGCUGCUUCUUC